UUGAGCUUAACGAUCCAGUGACAAACUCUAAAAGCAAGAUAGGGUCUAAGAGGAGUACGAAACCCUAGUAUCAAUCAAAAAAUAAAGGUGACGAAAUAUUUCUAUUCUUUUUUUUUUUCGUGUCUAAACACUCAUCGUCUUCUCUGAGAAUCGAUUUCAUUUGUCAGAUGGCAUUGCGAGGAGUUUGGCAACUUAAAAAGCUGAUUGUAAGCUAUUGUGAUUGGGGAGGUAGUAGUAGGGGCAUCAGGGCAUUUAUGGAGUCAGAGUUACCAACUUUUAAAGAGAAAAACCCUCAGCUUGAGGUGGUUACUGAACUCAUUCGUGGGCAGCAUCCACAUUUGAAAGGCUUUUACAAGAACAAAAACGAGCGGGUGGUAUGCGUGAAGAAUAUGACUCCUGAAGAUAUCCUUCUUUAUGCAACCAGGCUAAGAAACGCAUUGGGAAGAAAGGUGGUGAAAUUGAAGACAAGGCAUGUAACUAAACACCCUAGUGUGCAAGGUACAUGGACAACUGAUGUGAAAUUUUGAGACACAAUAGUACCAAGUUCUUCUCAAUUUUGUCUGUAUGUUUCUUUAUUGUUCUGUGUAGUCAUGAUGGCAACUUUGCUGAAACAUUCACUCGUUGGAGGUGAAUGAAACUGUUGUGUAAUGAACAAAGGCAAAUGAUGUCGUAAUAGAUGAUUGGACCCAAAUAUUUAAUAAUUUUAAAGCA